UAUUUCAAGGUCAAAUAUUUACUACGUGUAAUUUGUUUACUUAUAAAUAUUCCAUAAUCGGCAAUAUUUAUUCAUCCAUAUUGUUGCAAUUCAGUGAAUUUAUAUUUAAUUAUACUAAUCAUGUCAAGCCCUAAAAAUGAAUGUGAACUUAAAGGUGGUCAUCCACCAGCAGUCAAGGCAGGAGGUAUGCGUAUUACUCAGCAUAAAACUAGAAAAGAUUCCGGUGGACUUUCCGAAGAUACUACAGGAUUAACUAUUACCAGCAGCCCUCCAAAAACAUUAACUAUUUCAGGAGCUGUUGCUAAAGGCUAUGCUGAUUUUCCUACAGAAGCUGUACAGAGCUUCCAUAAAGAAAAACCUCCAGUACAACAUGCUAGCAGACCGCAAGUAAAUAUUCAACAGCCAAGAAAAUAAAUAUUUCCCUUUAUGAUAUGGGAAGUAUUUCAUAAUUACUUUUCCUUUUAAUUGAAGAACUGGUUGCUUUCAAUCUACAAUUUUUAUUGUAUCAAUUGUUUUCUGAUUUUGUCUAAACAACUCAGUGAUGAUAUUAUAUCAGAAAUUGAAUAUAUAGCAACUUUAAAUUUAUAGUUUUGGGUUUGGGAUCUUUGCUUUCAAUAAUUUGCUUUUUUCUCUCUUCAUGCAAAAAAUAUUACAUUUUAUUUCAAUUUAGAUGAAAAAUAUGUUUUUGUAACCUUAGAUUAAAAAAAACUUCAUAAUCUCUUAAUAUGAGUAAAUCAGGUUGUAUUGUUAGAUGAAGUUCCUUUGUAUUUAUAUCAAAGCAUUUUAGCCUUGUAAGAUAAUAGAAUUAUUACAAUUUUUAAACUUAAAAAAUGGGGUUAAUAUUGGAUUAUUAUAGGGUUUAUAUAUUUUUAAUAUUUUAACAUCAGUGACUAUAGUAUUCUAAUAUAUGUUGAAAUUAUGAUUUGAAAUUUUUAUAAAAAAGUUAUGGAAUGAUACUAAUUUUUAUUUUGUUCAGAAUAUUAAUUUUGUUGAUUCUCUAGAUUCUUUGUUUCAUGUGUAUUCUUUGAAGUUUUUUACAUCUGUUUUGAUAAAUGUAUAAGUGAGAAAUAAAAUGAAAAUGUCUAAAA